AUGAGUGGAAAGGGACGGAAAGUGAGAGGAGUACGGAGGAAUACGGUGGAGAAAGGCGCCGAAGGUGGAAAAAUUACAGAAAAAUUCAGGGAGGAACAGGGCGAAAGAAUGGAGGAUUUAGAAGAACAAUGGAAUAAGCUACAUCUGCUGGAAGACGAAGAAGCUACUAUAGUCUUUGAUGAAGAAGUUGGAGAGGAGAUAUCUUACAGAGGAGAAUGCAGCCUGGUGGGGAAAGUGUGUAUGGACAGAACUAUUAGCAAAGAAGUGGUGGAGAACACGAUGAAGAGAGUGUGGAAAAUAAGCAAACCUGCUAAGUUCUUAGAAGUAGAUACAAAUGUAUUCACUAUUACAUUUGCAAAUCCAGCAGACAAAUAUCGUGUUUGGAGUGGAAGACCUUGGUCUUUUGAUUACCAUCUGUUUGCGUUAAAACUCUUUGAUGAAGACACACCACCACAGAAGCUGAGGUUCAUGCAGGAGCGUUUCUGGAUUCAAUUCCAUAAUCUGCCACUGUCUUGCAUGAAUGAGGAUAGAGGAAGGCAGCUGGGCAAUACCAUUGGUGUGGUGGAGAAGGUGGAUGUGAAAGAGGAUGGUAGUGGAUGGGGAAGAUAUCUGAGGGUCCUGAUUGUGAUAGACCUUCAAAAACCUUUAGCUAGAGGCAAAACCAUCAAUGUGAGAGGAGAGAAACUCUGGAUCCCCAUAAGGUAUGAAAAUUUGCCUCGAUUUUGUUUCUCUUGUGGAUGUUUAAUUCAUGAGAAAGGAGGCUGUGAAAACAAAAGUGUAGGGACUGAUCAGUAUGGGGUAUGGUUAAGAGCAGAUAUGAAAAGAGGAGAAAAAACAAAAAGAGAAGGGGAAUCUGUCAAUUUAAUGAAGAAUAAUGUAGGUAAGGGUGGGCAUAUUCAGGUGGAGGGAGAUGAUGCAGCAAAUAUCGAAAAAGGAAAAAAGGGGUUAAAUGGAGGAAAAACUAAUGUAAUGGAAGAGGGACUGAGUGAGGUUGAGUUAGAGGAAAGAAGUGCAAAGGAAAAUGAGAAGGAGGGAAAGUUAAAUGGGGAAGUGAUUAGCAAUAAACACGUAGAAGCAGUAAAGAUAAGAACCAAUGGGGAGGAAGUAAUGAAGGAAGGAAUAGGGUAUGAAAAGGAGCUUAUAAUAGUGGAUGAGGAGCAGAAGGGAGAUCUGAAUGAAACAAUACAAGAUUUAAUUAUCAAUAAGGGAGAAUGGAAGAGAAGGGCAAGAGAAAAAGGAAAAAAUGUAAUAAACAUAGGUGAGCACUUAGUUAAAAAAAGAAGGUAUGAAGGUGAAGAGGGGGGAGCUAUAAAGAGGUUGAAGGAACAAAAGGAUAGUGAAAGUGGAGAGGGGGAAGAAAACAAUUCUUUAAUAAGCAUGGUGGUGGCUGUUCAACAGCCCCACCAUUCCCAAUGA